AUCAAUAAUAGUUAAUAGCUGGCACAUAAUGAUUACGCUGUGAAAACGAGAACAUGUUAUUGGAAUGUGAUCAAAAAUGAAAGAAAUCCAAGUUUUUUUUCCGGAAAAUGACACAAAAUUCCUAUGCUGGCUGUUUGUAUAUUUUACAUUUCUGUGAUCCUUCAAAAUGAGUGCAAGACCAACUAAAGCUUCAAAAAGUAUCCCAACACAGAGAAAAAAUGGUGAGAACAAGACAGAAACAAAAAGUAACAACGCAAUAUUGCCGUAUGUUAUCAUAGUGAUAAAUAAGGGAGAUGAAGCAGAAAGUGUAACAGCAAAACCUUACACUGGAAACGGAGAAAGAUUCAACAUGAAUUACAAGAGAUUGGCUGUUGAAGACAGGGAUGCAAUAAUAAGAAUAUUGAACACAACAAUUCAAUCCUUGAAACAUGAUACAGACGAGAGAAAUGAAACCCACGAUAUCAGGAACCUAUUUGCCAAAAGUAGAUAUGGAGCAGACACAGGAAGCAGAUCCAGAUCUCAGAAGCAGGUCCUUAGAUUGAUACUGCAAAUUGGCCAAUCUUCUCUACAUUUGUCUUUGGAAUAUACAAGUGGCAGGCUUACAGAUGCAAGUGUAACAGGAAAACCUUAUGCUGGAGACAAAGGAUGUUUAAUCAUGAAAUACAAGAGAUCAGCAAACGAAGGCAGGGAUUAUCUAACAAACAUAUUGGAAAUAACAAUUCUAAUCGCAAAACAUAAUGCAGAUAUGGCUUGUCAACAAGAGCUUGAAGAACGAGAGCAACUGUUGCCUGAUAAAAACAAUUCUACUGAAAUUGCUUCUUGAGUUGAUGACAGAAAAGAACGAAACAUGUAGCCAUAGCACCGCUAUCCAGGAAAUGGAUAGCGGCAUUUUCAGGAUUUAUUGAGACUGAUGCUAUAAUGCAUGCACAUGUACGCGUUAAACAACACAUCAACAAUUAAAAACAAAAACGAAACCAUAAAAAAUCUUUAAAAUUGAAAAAAAGAAGAAAAAAACCAAAGACACUAAUGUUUUGAGACAGAGGUUGUAGCACUGCCGUUCUUUUUUUUUUUUUUUACAAUUUCAUUUUUAUCUAAUUAGGCAUGAUUUAAGAUAGUGCACUAUAUGUUUAAUGAUAUUUAUUCUUUCUUAACAAAAGUCUUUAAAUAAUUAAUUUCCCGUUGAUCAACAUAAAAAAAAGUGUUUCAUUAUUUUAUAAACAAACUUUCUGUCUGUCCUCUUCCCUCACGCUGAUCAUCUCAAUUAUUUUUCGGCAGUCAUUCGCAGAUUUAUAAUUACUGACACAGUUUGGGUCAGGUUUUCAACAAAGUUAAGCAAGACUUGUAAUCUGACAUAUUGGAUUUGUUAUAACGUUCAUUUUUUAUGGUACUUAAACAUACAUUUUUCUUAUUUUUUCCCCCCGAAUUAACGGUAAAUUUCAUUAAUGUAUAGACCUACGAAAUUAGUACUUCACUGACUUUUUUUUAUGUUAUUUCUUAUUAAUCUAUAACCAGAUACAUAUAUGUCUUAAUUCAUUAAUAUUUAAUCCAGAAAGCUUGUAUCUGAUAUCACUUUUUUCAAAAGGAAAGAUAUACCCUUAAAAGCAAAAAGGCCCUAACAAAGUAGAUAGAUUUAUGAAUUUGUUUUUUUUACAUGUAUUUUCUAUAUUAAUUGUUACUAAAAUGUUUAUUCGCAAUAUUUUGACAAAUUUGAUAUUGUUUAAAGUUGCAGUGCAAACAUCUAAAUUUGGGUGCGACAUUCUUCAGUGGAAUGAACUAUGGUACCCAUUUUUUUCAGAUUAUUUAGCCCCAAUACCAAGACAAACUCUAAACAAAACUGUUUAUUAUGUAGCUGUUGUGAUUAUUUUCAUAGUUUUUUUUGUAUAUAAGGUAGUUUAGUUUUUGUUGUUUCAAUAUGAAUGCAUUUUUGUCAUUUUUCUAAUUAUUCUACAUAAUUUGUUUUCUUUGAAGUCAAUGUAGUUAAUGAAAGAAACCUAAAUAUAUCUAUGUAAUCUAAUGAUAUAUACUGUCUAUGUU